GCGCUGCCACGUCUGCUCAGCUCCGGGGCGAUGGAGGCUGAGGAUGAGUGGUGAUGGGGUCAGGCUCUGCUUCUGGCUUUAGGUCGAAUCCCGGCACUGACUCCGGGUGUGGGUCUGGUAAGCGAGAGACCGGACACGUCUUCUCCAUUCUCCGGUCCGGGACCGUAGUUGAAAUAGGUUGACAGCCAUUAGCCUGGGUUGCAACUGCUUGGCACUGGAAGCCGACUGGUUCCUGGACAUGCCCAGUAGAAGGAGGGGUCCUAGUCGGCAGCAGCUAAGCCGUUCAGCUUUACCUUCUAUACAGACUUUGGUUGGUGGGGGCUGUGGCAAUGGAACAGGCUUGAGAAACAGGAAUGGUAGUGCUAUUGGCCUUGCAGUCCCACCUAUCACAGCCUUAAUCACCCCAGGUCCUGUUCGUCAUUGCCAAAUUCCUGACCUACCCGUGGAUGGGAGCCUGCUCUUUGAAUUUCUUUUCUUCAUCUACCUGCUGAUUGUUCUGUUUAUUCAGUACAUCAACAUCUAUAAGACUGUGUGGUGGUACCCUUACAGUCAUCCUGCAUCUUGCACUUUACUGAAUUUUCAUCUCAUUGAUUAUCACUUGGCAGCAUUCAUCACAGUGAUGCUUGCGAGAAGGCUCGUGUGGGCCCUCAUUUCAGAGGCCACAAAGGCAGGUGCAGCAUCUAUGAUUCACUACACGGCUCUGAUACUGGCCCGGUUGGUGCUACUUACUCUGUGUGGAUGGGUGCUUUGCUGGACCCUGGUCAAUCUCUUCCGAAGCCAUUCAGUCCUCAAUCUCCUUUUCCUUGGCUACCCGUUUGGCGUUUAUGUUCCUCUCUGCUGUUUCCACCAGGAUAGUAGAGCCCAUCUUCUUCUCACAGACUAUGUGGUUCAGCACCAAGCAGUAGAGGAAAGUGCUUCGAAUAUGGGUGGUUUGGCCAAAUCCAAAGACUUCCUCUCCUUAUUACUGGAGUCUCUGAAAGAACAAUUUAAUAAUGCCACGCCCAUCCCCACCCACAGCUGUCCACUAUCUCCAGACCUCAUUCGAAACGAAGUGGAAUGUCUGAAAGCAGAUUUCAACCACAGAAUCAAGGAAGUUCUCUUCAACUCCCUCUUCAGUGCCUACUAUGUUGCGUUUCUCCCGCUUUGUUUUGUGAAGAGUACCCAGUAUUACGACAUGCGCUGGUCCUGUGAGCACCUCAUUAUGGUGUGGAUCAAUGCUUUUGUCAUGCUCACCACGCAACUGCUACCAUCCAAAUACUGUGAUUUGCUACAUAAAUCAGCUGCUCACCUGGGCAAGUGGCAGAAGCUGGAACAUGGCUUCUACAGCAAUGCUCCACAGCACAUUUGGUCAGAAAACACAAUAUGGCCUCAAGGGGUGUUGGUGCGGCACAGCAGAUGUUUAUAUAGAGCCAUGGGACCUUACAACGUGGCAGUGCCUUCAGAUGUAUCCCAUGCUCGCUUUUAUUUCCUGUUUCAUCGCCCAUUAAGGCUGUUAAACCUGCUUAUCCUUAUCGAGGGCAGUGUUGUCUUCUACCAGCUCUAUUCCUUGCUCCGGUCAGAGAAGUGGAACCACACACUUUCCAUGGCUCUCAUCCUUUUCUGCAACUACUAUGUUUUAUUUAAGCUCCUCCGGGACAGAAUAGUCUUAGGCAGGGCAUAUUCCUACCCCCUCAACAGUUACGAACUCAAGGCAAACUAAGCUGCGUCUCAGCUAUGAGGGAGAACUCAGAUAAAAUAUUUUCAUACGAUCUAUUUUUUCCUUGCAAUUUUUAUAAAUAUUUAAGAUAUUUUAUAUUUUGUAUACUAUUGUGUUUUGAAAGUUGGGAAGGGUAAGGGAUAUUAAAUGUAUCCAUAAACAUCAUGAUGUGAUCUUUCAUGUUUUAGUAUAUUUGCGUAAUAUACGUGAGAGGAUAUCCCUGCAGUAAAAGAUUGACUUGUU